CAGUCUUCUGCCUGAAUGAUCCUGUGACUGACUUCUUAUACACCUUGUACCAUCCCCGGUCCUUUUGGGUGCCUGGAGUGGAAGGCUCUGCCUAAGACAGGCAAGACCGAAGUUUGAGGUAGACGAGCGGGCGAGCCGUUUGCCCGGGCGCAGAGCAUGAAGGCCGGGCGGGCGCGGGGAGCGGGCGCCCGCCGCCCGGCGCGGGGGUGAGCGAGAGAGAGAGCGGAGCGCGUGUGGCCGGCGCCGCUGCUCUCGGCCUGGAGCUCCCGCGCCCGCGCCCCGCGCCCCGCGCCCGCCGCCGCCGCCGCCGCCGCCGCCCCUGGUGCGAUGGCGCAGAAACCCCGUUGACAAGGCACUGCUUUUUCAUGACGUUGUCAUGGAUGAUGACGAUGACUCCUGUCUCCUCGAUCUUAUUGGAGACCCACAAGCAUUGAACUAUUUUCUGCACGGACCUAGCAGUAAGUCGAGUGGUGAUGAUGUGACGAACGCAGGGUAUUCUGCAGCCAAUUCUAAUUCAAUUUUCGCCAACUCCACGAAUGCUGACCCUAAAUCGUCCCUCAAAGGCGUAAGUAGCCAGCUUGGAGAAGGGCCCAGUGAUGGGCUGCCGCUUGCAAGUAGCCUUCAGUUUCUUGAAGAUGAACUUGAGUCUUCUCCUCUCCCUGAUCUCAUGUCCCACCGUCUUCCAGUCUCUGCUUCCAAAUCUCCCAGCACCGUGAGCAGCACCCCGGGGACACAACAGCAGUUCUUCUGUCAGGCUCAGAAAAAGUGUUUGAACCAGACCUCCCCCAUUCCCACAUCCAAGACCACAGAUGGCCUGAGGCAAUCCCAGAUCCCUGGGCUCUUGAGCACAGCACCGCCAGGACAGGAUUCUGGAAGCAAAAUUAUGCCAGCGCCCCUGGGGACCACACAGCCACAAGAAAACUCUGUCGGAUCAUCCCCAAGCCAGACAGCUGUGCAGGUGGACAGUCAUUCAGGACAGAAAAGGCCUGCUGCCAAACAGCUGACUAAAGGCGCCUUUAUCCUCCAGCAGUUACAGAGGGACCAAGCCCAUGCUGUGACGCCUGACAAAAGCCAGUUCCGGUCACUAAAUGACACAGUGCAGAGACUGCUCUCCUACCACGUGUGCCAAGGCUCCAUGCCCACGGAGGAAGACCUGAGGAAAGUGGACAAUGAAUUUGAAGAAGUUGCCACUCAACUCCUCAAAAGGACCCAAGCUAUGCUGAACAAGUACAGAUCCCUGCUCCUAGAAGACGCCAUGAGGAUCAAUCCCUCUGCAGAGAUGGUGAUGAUUGACAGGAUGUUCAACCAGGAGGAAAGAGCUUCCCUGUCGCGAGACAAGCGUCUGGCGCUUGUAGAUCCCGAGGGUUUUCAGGCCGAUUUCUGUUGUUCCUUCAAACUUGAUGAAGCUGAACCUGAGACCCCGCUCGACAGGAGUGACCAGCAUCGCAGCAAACCCAGCUCGCUCCAUCAGGCACCCAGGGCACAAAGCAGAGACCGAGCCAAGCCAGGUGUGGCAGAAGCAACGAAUCAUGACCAGUUUCAUCUAGUGCCUAACCACAUCGUGGUCUCUGCAGAGGGAAACAUUUCUAAAAAGUCAGAAGGCCACAGUAGAACACUGAAAUUUGACAAAGGGGUCUUAGGCCAAUACCGAGGUCCGCCUGAGGACAAGGGCGGCCGGAGAGACCCUGCCAAGGUCAGCGGGUGCUCUCCAGGCCCCGAGGGCCACCGCAAGACCUUGCCCAGGCCAGAUCAUGGCUCUGAGAGCAAGCUCCCAGGCAUCCUGGCCAGCCCCCACAUGGAGAUGCCGUGCCUCGACUCCUUCCAGGACAAAGCCCUGAGGAAUUCCCCAAAGAAUGAGGUUUUACACACAGACAUCAUGAAAGGGUCGGGUGAGCCCCAGCCAGAUCUCCAGCUCACCAAGAGCCUAGAGAAAACCUUUAAGAACAUCCUGGAACUCAAGAAUGCGGGGCGACCUCAGAGCGACCCUAUGGCCAGCGGCGCAGUGGACCUGGACUUCCCCAGCUUUUCUCCAAUGGCUUCACAGGAAAACUGCCUGGAAAAGUUCAUUCCGGACCACAGUGAAGGCGUUGUAGAAACGGACUCCAUUUUAGAAGCAGCUGUAAAUAGUAUCCUAGAGUGUUAAUAGCAGCCGUCCUCCCCCAGACCCUGCCCUGGACCAGUUACAUUCUCUCCCAGCAAAGCAAAUGGGAACAUCUCCUGUCUCCAGCCUGCUUGGUCCUCCAUCACAGGUUAUCCUUUCUAAUCUCCACCCUGUUCUUUUGAAGAGCAAUACAUGUCGUCAUCGUGGCUGCAGGGAGACCCUCAGUACGCCUACGCCCACCUGUCUCUAGAAAGCAGUCCGAUAGGCCCCCCACAUUUCAAGUGUUAUGAAAGUGCUUACGGCCAUUGUUGUUCGUUAAUUUGUUUUGUGGUUUGUUUCUUAGCACUGUCGCUUGAGACCACAGUACACUUGGCCCUGGGUAAAAUUUUGACAAUCAUAAGUCAUUUCAAAAGAACAGACUUAUUAAAGAAAAAUCAAACAGGA